AUGCUAGACCGGCAGCGGUGGCUGAGCGAGGAGAUGCGGCCGCGGAUCGAGGCGGUGACGCCGGGGAGCGGGACGUACAUGAACGAGGCCGACUAUGCACAGCCCAACUGGCGGGAGGCCUUCUUUGGCGACAACUACGCGGGGCUGGUGGCUGUCAAGGAGGCGUGGGAUCCAAAGUCGCUGUUCUGGGCGCUCGAGGUGCCGGGGAGCGAGGCCUGGACGGUGGCGGCGGACGGGCGCAUGUGUCGUGCGUGA